AACAUGGGCAUAAAUAUUGAAUAUUAUGGCUUGCUCUUGUGAGCCUCUAUGAGCACAAAUAUUUGGAAAUACUCACUACAUAUGUAAUAACCUAGGAUCUCCCGACAACUAAUGCAACGCAAACGACAUAAACUCCAGUAUCCUCACCCCCGUGGAUACACCUAGCAUCCAAUUCUUAAUUCUACCACUCCAGUAGAUCUAUCCUUUCUCAGUAUACCGACGGACUGUACCCGUUUCAGCAUGGCAGCCAACUACUGGGACUCAUCUCAACGCCGCUACUGGACGUUCACGCGCCAGGAGCUCGCGGAUAUCCGACAACGGCUGGAAGACAAGCAUCGGCAUCUGGUCCAGUUAUAUCCACUUCCCGAUCGUCGCUUACUGAAUAUCUUCUUCUGCCAGCAACUCCAACGCUUCUCUAAACGCGGCACGCUCGGCACUAAGCAGCAAGCGCUAGCAACCGCUCAGGUCUACAUGCGACGAUUCUAUUCGAAAGUUGAGAUCCGUGAGACGAACCCAUAUCUGGUUCUCUCCACAGCCUUAUAUCUCGCCUGCAAGGUGGAAGAAUGCCCACAACACAUCCGCCAUGUCGUUGGCGAAGCACGGCAAACCUGGCCCGACGUCAUCACCUCCGACACCUCCAAAAUGGGCGAGACCGAAUUCGCCCUCAUCUCCGUGAUGUCCAGCCAACUCAUCGUCCACCACCCCUACCGCACCCUCCUCGACCUCUCCCCCACCUUCAACCUCUCCCCCGACGAGCUCUCCCUCGCCUGGUGGAUCAUCAACGACCACUACGUCACCGACCUCCCCCUCCUCCACUCGCCCCACGUCAUUGCCCUCACCGCGGCCCUCCUCGCCGUCGUCCUCAAUCCCGUGCAGGCGGCGUGGUCCGCCGGGAAGGAGAAGGAGCUCGCCGCCAUGCGCAGUGGCGGCGCCGCGGCUAUGCGCUCGGACGGCGACCCCGUCCAGAAGGUCGGCGCGAUUCUGCAGCAUGGGAUGCAUCAGAAUCGCGCGGUGCAGGCGGCGAUGCAGUCGGUCGUGCAGGCGGCGCUCGGCAGCGCGUUCAGCGGUGGCGGAGCGGCGGGACAGGAACUGCCUGGCAGUGGGAAUACGGGAGGGGCGGGGGGGGCGCCGACGCCGGCGCUGUCGGCGAAGGUGCAGAAGAUGAUGAAUUGGCUAGCGGAGAGCGAGGUGGAUAUAGAGGCGAUGGUGGAUUGCACGCAGGAGAUGAUCUCGUUGUACGAGGUGUGGGAGACGUAUAAGGAGAAGGAUUGUAAGGAGGUGAUUGGGAAGUUUGUGAAGGGGAGGGGGUUGGAUAAGUGAGUUGCUUUGGUGAAAGGGAAUGCAUUGCGUUUUGGUGUUGGAUUCGGGGGGUUUGGCGCUGUAUGUGGCUGCUUUGGCGAUACCCAUUCUAAUUUACAAUGUCUAUCUUCGUUCGGGAGUUUUGUUCACGGAGUCUUCAGUCUUGCCGUUCAAUUGUCCGAGUGAUCCCGCUUCGAUACGCGCAGAUGCUUUAAUAUUGCUGCAGACUAAAUCGGGACAUCCUACUUCUCGAUGACCGUCAACAUCCAUUAGAGAUAAUAUCAAAUCCUUUCAAGACCUUCAAGCAAUAGCUUCUUGGGUUGAGUCUAGAUAUUCCCCAUAGUGGUCCAUAUAGUCCGUCGUCCAGUGCAUAGCCUCACUGAUUUACCACCGUCCUUCGAC